CAUAGGAGUAGUCAUGUUAUGAGUGUAUGAGUGACUCAACAAUAAUUGAAUUCUUAUUAAAAGUAAUUCAUUUGACGAUCACUUCAGUCGACCAUAUCUUCAACUCAACCAACAUUUGAUCCAAUCUUGAGUCCACUGAUCACAUCAAACCAACUCUCGAUUAUCGCAAUCUAUUGUCAUUGAAUUGAAGGCAAACGAUGGCAGACAAGAAGAAUGACAAAGACUUGUCGACCGCUAUCUUGAAUACCAAACAAAAGCCGAAUCGGCUUCUGGUGGAGGAGGCGGCCAACGAUGACAACUCUGUGGUGGCCUUAUCUCAGGCGAAGAUGGAUGAGUUGCAGCUCUUCAGAGGAGAUACCGUUCUCCUGAAGGGCAAGAAGAGGAGGGAAACGGUUUGUAUUGUACUGUCGGACGAGUCGUGUCCUAACGAGAAGAUCCGAAUGAACCGUUGCAUCCGAAACAACCUUCGCGUCCGAUUGGGUGAUGUGGUGAGUGUCCAGCCGUGUCCUGACGUGAAGUAUGGGAAACGCAUUCAUGUGCUGCCCAUCGAUGACACGGUCGAGGGUCUCACGGGAAGUAUAUUCGAUGUGUUCCUCAAACCAUACUUCCUGGAGGCGUACCGACCCAUACAUAAGGGCGACCUCUUCAUCGUGAGGGGAGGCAUGAGAGCCGUCGAGUUCAAAGUGGUGGAGACGGACCCCUCGCCCUUCUGUAUCGUCGCGCCCGACACUGUCAUCCACUGUGAGGGCGAGCCCGUGAAGCGCGAGGAGGAGGAGGACUCUCUGAACUCUGUCGGUUACGACGAUAUCGGCGGAUGUCGUAAACAAUUGGCACAAAUCAAAGAGAUGGUGGAACUGCCGCUCAGACACCCGAGUCUUUUCAAAGCCAUUGGUGUGAAGCCUCCCAGAGGUAUACUACUGUACGGCCCGCCCGGAACCGGUAAGACUCUGAUCGCCCGCGCGGUGGCCAACGAGACGGGCGCCUUCUUCUUCCUGAUCAACGGUCCGGAAAUCAUGAGUAAACUCGCGGGUGAGUCGGAAAGCAAUUUGCGGAAAGCCUUCGAAGAGGCCGAGAAGAACUCUCCGGCGAUUAUAUUCAUCGAUGAAUUGGACGCAAUCGCUCCGAAACGCGAGAAAACUCACGGAGAGGUCGAGAGACGUAUCGUUUCACAACUGCUUACUCUUAUGGAUGGACUCAAACAGCGAUCCCAUGUCAUCGUAAUGGCGGCCACUAAUCGUCCGAAUAGUAUCGACGCCGCUCUUCGACGUUUCGGUCGCUUCGAUCGCGAGGUAGACAUCGGUAUACCUGACGCCACCGGAAGACUAGAGAUAUUAAGAAUCCAUACGAAGAAUAUGAAACUCGCGGAUGACGUGGAUUUGGAACGAAUGGCUGCCGAGACUCACGGCUUCGUUGGCGCAGAUUUGGCCGCUCUUUGUUCUGAAGCCGCUCUGCAACAGAUCCGCGAGAAAAUGGAUUUAAUAGACUUAGAGGACGACCAAAUCGAUGCCGAAGUCCUCAACUCUUUGGCCGUAACUAUGGAUAACUUCCGGUGGGCUCUCGGAAAGAGCAGUCCGAGUGCUCUGAGAGAGAUGGUUGUGGAGGUGCCGAACGUGACCUGGCAGGACAUUGGAGGCCUACAGAAUGUGAAGCAUGAGCUCCAGGAGAUGAUCCAAUACCCCGUGGAAUUCCCCGACAAGUUCCUCAAGUUUGGAAUGACUCCCUCCAGAGGGGUCCUCUUCUACGGACCGCCCGGUUGUGGUAAAACACUUCUGGCAAAAGCCAUCGCCAAUGAAUGUCAGGCGAACUUCAUAUCAAUCAAAGGUCCGGAACUGUUGACGAUGUGGUUCGGCGAGAGUGAAGCCAACGUUCGCGAUGUCUUCGAUAAGGCAAGAGCGGCCGCUCCCUGUGUUCUGUUCUUCGAUGAGUUGGACUCUAUAGCUAAGUCUCGCGGAGGAAGUGUUGGCGACGCCGGCGGUGCUGCCGAUCGAGUGAUUAAUCAGAUCCUCACUGAAAUGGAUGGCAUGAGUAGCAAAAAGAACGUCUUUAUAAUCGGUGCCACCAAUAGACCAGACAUUAUCGACUCGGCUAUCUUAAGACCGGGACGUUUGGAUCAACUGAUUUACAUUCCUCUGCCGGACGAGAAGUCCCGAGAAAUGAUUCUGAAGGCAAACCUCCGAAAGUCUCCGUUGGCUAAAGACGUGGAGUUGCCGUACAUCGCGAAAGUGUCGCAUGGGUUCAGUGGCGCCGACUUGACUGAGAUCUGUCAGCGCGCCUGCAAACUGGCCAUCAGAGAGUCCAUUGAGGCUGAGAUCAAGAAGGAGAAGGAAAGGGCUCAGAAUCCAGACGCAGCCGCUAUGGAGGUCGAAGAGGUGGAUCCGGUGCCAGAGAUAACGCGCUCUCAUUUCGAAGAGGCAAUGAAGUUCGCGCGCCGUUCGGUCAGUGACGCCGACAUUAGGAAAUAUGAGAUGUUUUCUCAAACUCUACAACAAAGUCGAGGCUUUGGCAACAAUUUUAGAUUCCCGGGCAGUCAGCCGUCGGGUGCACCCACUGCUAGUGACCCUCAGAGUAACUUCGCUGACGAACAGGAAGACGAUCUCUACAGUUAAAUGAUUUAUUAAUAGAUACACUGUAUUUAGAUAAUUAGUGGCAAAUAUUUUAUUCAUAUAAUUUGAUAUAUUCUCGCUAUUCAUACGAUUAUAAAAUUUUCAAAAUUUCUUUUUUUAUAAAUCAAUAUAAAGGUCUUUGUUUUGGUUAAUGAUUUCAUUCAAAUUUGUCACUAAUUCUAUAAUAAAAUAUUUAAUAAUA